UAGGGUUAGGAUAAAUGGAAACAUGUCUGCAUUUGUAAACCAUAGGAAGAAAUGGCUGUUUUCUCUAAGUGCUGUGAUGCUGAUAAUGAUGUACUUUGCGAGUGUGUGGAGUAAGAUGAGGAGCAUGAUGAUGAGCAGACAUUCAGAUCAACAUCAGAUCUGUGACGAGAUGCUACACUCGAAUAUUCUUGAAAACAGAACAUGGGAAUCUCAUUUCAUGAGAAAUAGAGCCAACAUAAUGUCAUCCAGGCAUCAAACUUUGGUUGAAAAUUGUGCAGAAUAUUUGCUGUGUUCGCAGACAUUUCAAGACUUAAACCCAAAAUUAAUAUCCUCAACCAAGUAUAAUCUAAUGUACUGUGAUGUUGCUAAGGUGGCAAGUACCAACUCCAAGAAAGUUAUGCUGCUUUUGAACAAAUAUGUUAAAAACAUGAAGGAAUUGAAUGACUUAAAUAAGGUGGCAAGUGUCCAUGGGUUGGUCACUCCUUAUAAACUUAGAUAUAAUCCUGAGUCAACUUUAGAGGAGAGAACUAAAAACUUCACAACUUUUUUGGUAGUUCGGCACCCGAUGGAAAGACUGGUGUCGGCAUACGAAGAUAAGUUCUUUCCUAGUAAAUUUAACUCAAUACCAGAAAUGGAGGUGUUGGGAAAGAAAAUUAUGACCAUGUACCCACGUAGCAAUUCCUCUGAAAAAUAUCCAACCUUUGAGCAGUUUUUGAGCUACUUGCUGCAAAGCAAUGAUGAGAACCCACAUUGGGAACCUUACGUUAACCUUUGUCACCCAUGUAGGUUGCAUUAUGAUGUCAUAAUGCAUCUCGACACUGUAAUAGAUGAUUCUCGAUUUCUUUUAAAAUUGAUCCAUGCGCCCAUUGAUGUGUGGUUUCCAAGCGUUGGAGUAACGCAUAGAAAUAAUAUAAAUCGUGUCUCAGAGCAUCUGGAGCAUACUGAUCCAAAAAUAAUAAAGAAAAUCGAAGACCGAUAUAACUUAGAUUAUAAGCUGUUCGGGUUUCAAAAGUAUUCACUUUAAAUAUUGUUUGUGUUUUUUUGUAUCGGUGACCAGUGUUAUAUAUUCUGUAGUAAAUACUAUAUAUAUUGCUUCCUUCUGUAUUUGUAAAACUGUUGUUUUAUCUUACCUGCCAUGUUACUGUGAUUGCA